GCACUGCGAGUCCGUGACUUUGGGAGAUAAGGGGUAAUUUGGUAUUUUCAACCUCAACACCUGAAAGACUCUCCGUCGCCCAAAGAUUGAAGAGUGUAUUUUUUACUGUGCCAUUGGGUUAGCUAAAUUGAUCUCAUCUCCCUCCAAAUCACAAUCCCUAAUCUGCACAAUCCAUCGCUCGAGAGAGAGAGAGAGAAUGAAGAGAAAAGUGUCGCCGGAGAGUGAAAUCCACGAAAAUCAGGCCACGAAGACUACCUUCUCCAAGUCUCUUUCUCCAGGACAAAACUGGAAGUCUAAAUCAAUGAGGAUUAUUCCUCAAGAGAUUGCGAGAAGCAACCACGCGGCUUUUGAGCACAGAGUGGUGUUCACUGUUCCAUGGAAGAACUCCUGGCAGCUCUGGCUCCAGCGAGACAAGAAUUGUCUGUUCAUGAUAAAAGAAGAUUGGGAUGAGUUCGUCGACGACAACCUUUUGGGUUCGGAUGAUACUUUGGUCUUCACGCAUCAAGGCACUAUGUAUUUCCAAGUGCGUAUCUUUAAGAAAGAUGGUAAAGAGGUCGUCUCCGCUCCUCUUAAAGUUACUGAACCGGAAACUGAACCGGUUCUUCCUCCUAAGCCCGAGAGUUCUCACCAGGAGGAGACAACCCCUGCCUCUGGUAAAGAAAACUAUUAUUUUUCUCUCUCUAUGCCAAAAAAUUGACUGUUUUCUUUUUUGUUUAGUUGUAUUGGCGACUGAACGACUUUCAGCAAGUGGAGGGAGGGAAGUUUUGCUGAGCGAUGCCUCUUGAAUCCCAACAACCCUUACUUUGAGAAGACGCUGAGUAAAACUAACAAAAUUCUGUAUGUGAGUCCUCUGGUGAUUAAGAAGUAUGACUUGGAGUUUGGUCCCCAUAAUUCCUCCAUGGACUUCCUUCUCCCCGAUGGAGACAAACUCGAGGGCUUCACUAAGAGUUACAGCGGUUUGUAUGCUUUCUCUGGCUGGGAAGAUGUCUGUCAAAAGUACAACCUCAAACAAGGAGACACUGUGGUUUGUGAAUUUGAGCUCUCUGGACGUGUGGUUACUGCUGUUAGAGUGCAUUUGGUGAGUGAGUAAAUGAGUCAUUGUUUCUGAACAUAGUUUUUACCGACCUAUUAUUUUUAACGCUGGAUGUGACCUCUAUGUUGAUUUAACAAAUUUGUAGCAAUAAAGGUGACUUUAUGUUGGUUU